CUUAACUACUAUUCCCUUUUCUUCUCUCUAAUUUUGAUCUUCUUGCUUACGCUUCCUUGCCAAUUCCAUUCCUUCCCUCUCCCACUGUGCAACAAUUUCACCCAAUUAAUUAUUAACUUUUCUUUUAAAAAAAAGCAAAAAAGAGAAAAAGCCCAGGGAAGAAAGAAAGGUUCCCGAAGCUUUUAGAUGCUUUAUUUGAUUCAGAGAAUUCAAAGCUGGUUUUGAUUGCUGAUAUUCCUCAGUAAUGGGGCUUUCUGUUCAUAUCCCCUGGUCUCCGAGAUACUGCUUUUCUUUUUGGAAAAUUAAAAGGCGAGUGGUCUCUCUUUUGGUUCUCAUAUGUAUUUGGUUUGGGGGAUUGGAAUGUUCCACUGGUUUUUAGGGUUCUUACUGCUUUUCUGGAGUGACUUCAGAAGCCAAUUGUAUUCUUGAGUCAAGUGAAACAGUAUGAAAAGUAGAAUCAGAGAAAGGAGGAGGGGCGAUAUCAGCAGGAGUUUGCGGAAGAUAAUGAAGUGCCUAUGUUCAGGGGAGCAGUUAAGAGGAGCAAACGAAAUGGUUCCUUCAUCUGAAUCUCUUGCAACCAAGGAUUAUUCAAUAAGUGGGGAUUCUUGCCCAGCUGGACAAGUUGACAAGAAGAGGCCAGACACUGGUAAUAUAGAAGAAGCUGAAUCAUCCCUUCGUGAGAGUGGUUUCUUGAAUUAUGAGGAAGCUAGAGCUCUGUUGGGAAGAUAUGAAUUUCAGAAAGGCAACAUUGAAGCUGCUUUACAUGUUUUUGAAGGAAUAGAUAUAGGUUCUGUGACUCCUAAAAUCAAAAUUUCCCUUGCCCAAAGGGCAGAACAACCUAAGAGACAUAAGAGACAUUCCCAGCAUUAUGCUGCACCCCCAAUGUCAAUACAUGCUGUUGGCCUGCUGUUGGAAGCAGUCCUCCUGAAAGCAAAAUCGUUGCAGGCUCUUGGAAGAUUUAAAGAAGCUGCCCAGUCUUGCAAAGUUAUUCUGGACAUAGUUGAAUCUUCAUUACCUGAAGGUUUGCCUGAAAACUUUGGUGCUGAAUGUAAAUUGCAGGAGACUCUGAGCAAUGCAGUUGAGUUGCUUCCAGAACUAUGGAAACUUGCUGAUAGUCCACGUGAAGCUAUUGUGUCUUAUAGGCGGGCACUCCUUCACCAAUGGAAUCUUGAUGCAAAGACUACAGCAAAGAUUCAGAAAGAGUUCGUCAUAUUUCUUCUAUAUAGUGGGGGGGAAGCAAGCCCCCCAAAUCUCCGUUCCCAAAUGGACAGCUCGUUUGUGCCCAGAAACAACAUAGAAGAGGCUAUACUUCUUUUGAUGAUUUUGGUAAGAAAAAUCACUUUAAAAAGAAUUGAGUGGGAUCCUUCAAUUUUAGACCAUCUUUCAUUUGCUCUAUCUGUUUCUGGGGAUUUGACAACUCUAGCUUAUCAAUAUAAAGAAUUGCUCCCUGGGACUGUCAACCGAAGAGAAAGGUAUUUUACUCUUGCUCUCUGUUAUUUUGGUGCUGGAAAGGACUUGAUAGCUCUGGAUCUUCUCAGAAAAGUGUUGAGUAGUAAAGAGGAUCCAAAACAUAUUCCAGCUUUGUUAAUGGCAUCUAAAAUAUGUUCUAAGAACCCUUGUCUUGCAGAAGAAGGGGUAAACUUUGCUUCCAGAGUGCUUGAGAGCUUGGAUGAUAGAUGUGAUAAGUUAGAAAGUGUAGCCCAUUGCUUACUUGGCAUUUCAAAUUCAGCAAAUUCAAAAUUAGCCAUUUCUGAUUCCGAGAGGUUUGAGAGUCAAUCUGAGGCACUUCGUGCUUUGGAAACUGCUGGCAAAAUGACUCGAAUGAGAGACCACAAUGUAUUAUACCAUCUAAGUUUAGAAAAUGCGGAACAGAGGAAGUUAGAUGCUGCACUUUAUUAUGCAAAAUGCCUUCUAAAACUAGAAGCCGGGUCUAGUGUCAAAGGAUGGCUGUUGUUAGCUCGGAUAUUAUCGGCUAAAAAACGGUUUUCAGAUGCUGAAUCUAUUAUCAACGCUGCUUUGGAUCAGACUGGGAAAUGGGAUCAAGGGGAUUUGUUGCGAACAAAAGCUAAACUUCAAAUUGCACAGGGCCAAUUAAGGAGUGCCAUUGAGACAUAUACGCAACUUCUUGCUGUUUUUCAAGUUCAAAAGAAAGCAUUUGGUUCUGGGAAGAAGCUAUUAAAGGAGAACAGAGAUCAUGCUAGGAACCUGGAAGUCGAAGUAUGGCAUGAUCUUGCCUGUGUAUAUAUAAGCCUGUCUCAGUGGCAUGAUGCUGAGAUGUGUCUUUUUAAGUCUAAGACAAUCAAGCUUUACUCUGCUUCCAGAUGCCAUACAACAGGAAUACUGUGUGAAGCAAAGGGUUUGUACAAAGAGGCUUUGAAGGCUUUUGAUGAUGCUUUGAACAUUGAUCCCAAUUAUGUCCCAAGCUUGAUUUCCACUGCCUUGGUUCUGAGACGGUGCAGUGGUAGUAAGGAAUCACAUGCUGUAGCGAGAAGCUUUUUGAUGGAUGCUCUGCGCCAUGAUAGCUUGAAUGCUGGUGCAUGGUAUAAUCUUGGCCUUGUUCACAGGGAUGAGGGUUCGGUCUCGUCAUUAAUGGAAGCUGCGGAAUGUUUCGAGGCCGCUCAUUUUCUUGAAGAAACCUCGCCUGUUGAACCUUUCAGAUGACGACGACGACUUCUUCAUUUUUAAGUGUUGUUGACUUAGUUCGAAGGUCAAUAAGAAACUCUUUGUUUCAUUA